AGAAUUCCAAAUAAUUAAAAUCAGAUUGAGCGAGUCGUGUCUUUCAUGUUUUUAGUGAAGAGCGUUGAACCACCUCGAUGUUUUACCACAGUGUCAUUAAUAACUGAGGUCACUGAACACCUCAGCUCACCCAGACACACGCACGCACUCUUUUGUGAAAUUUAAAUGUUCAUUUGCAACUAUGACAUUUCCAUAAAUACAAAUAGAUAAAAUGAAAAAGGAAGUGAAGGAAAAGAAAGACGGACGGGAGGACGCUUCAACCUUCAGGAGAAAACCACUGUGUACCUGCACAGGUUUUCCUCGGCGUAAGUUUGUCACUGAUCAGUCUGAAUCUCGUGUGAUAGAAAAAAAACUAAAAAAAAACAUGUCUCAGCAUUUGCUGAUCAUACUGAUCACUUCAGGUUUGGUCCCACUUUGUUCCUGCUGUAAUUACCAAUAUCACCUGAUAAAUAUGAAUAAGGGUUGGGAGAAUGCUCGGCAGUACUGCAGGGAGAACUAUGUGGAUCUCGCCACCAUCAGCAACACUGAGGACACGCAGCAGAUGGCGGCGCUCGUGGAAGCAGCCGGUGUAAACUCAGUGAUGUGGAUCGGUCUCAGGGAGACGGGGCCUGCGUCCUGGCUGUGGUCGACAUCAACGAGUCAAGGAGCGGAGAACUACACCAACUGGGCCGAGUCUCCUGCUCCCACACACCACUGUGGAGGCAUGAGGAGUGAUGGGAAAUGGCUCAGUGUGCUUUGUACAACAACGCUGCCCUUCGUCUGUCAGGGAGACGAAGCGUCUCGUGAGUUGUAUGUGGUCCUUCAAAACUCCACAUGGAGGCAGGCACAAGAUUACUGUCGACAGCAUCAUCAGGACUUGGCCAGCGCGGGGACCGAAGAACAAAAUCAAGCACUGCAACAAAUGCUGAAUCAUAGAGGGUCACCGUCCUUGGCCUGGAUGGGUUUGUUCAAGGACGAGUGGAAAUGGUCAGACCAGAGUAACGCCUCCUUCAGAUACUGGUCGUCAAGUCAGCCGAACAAUGAUGGAAAUUGUGCUUUGUAUCACAGCACCAUGAAAACCUGGUUUGACAGAGGGUGCACAUAUGCAUUUCCCUUCCUCUGCUAUACGAUCCCACAGACUGUGUGGACUGUGAGGAUGAAGAUUGAGUCUCACAUAGACUUAAAUGACCCCACUGUGACUGAAGCCAUGUUGACCCAAUUCCAAAGCAAGUUGGAAGGGGUCAAGCUUCAGUGGCGAGUCCAGCCAGACGGCAAGAUUUUCCACAAAGAAGAAGCGGAGUGUGACUCUAGCUCCUGUAACAAUGUUUCAUAAAAGCAGUCAAACAGUGGCGGCUGGUGACGUUUUAUUUUGAGGGGGCGAAAUCGGCAAGUCAGUCUCUCAGAUGGACUGUGGUAACAUAGUCCAGUGGUGAUAUGCAGUUACCGCAUAUCACCACUAAAACACACCAAAGCACCAUUCUCAUGCCUGAUACCGUCAUUUUAAAAGAUUCACUUAAAUGAAACUAUAAAUACACAACGAAAAGUUUUUGUCUGUAUUUUCAGUCAUUUGAAUUUUGCCUUCUCUAUCACUCCUUUGUUCGCAUAGCAUUUUUAU